AUGUCCACAUUCGCUCCAGAAGAGUACAUGGCCUUGCUUGAAAAAGCAGCUUCCUCCCUCAAAGAGAAGCUCGCUCCAUUCAAUGACACUCCUAUUGUGAACCCUACAGUACUCAUUAUCUGCGGUUCUGGUUUGGGAGGCAUCGCUGAUGUUUUGGCUCCAGAACCACGGUUGGAAGUCCCAUACGGUGAAAUUCCAGGUUUCAGAACUUCUACUGUUCCAGGCCACGCCGGUAAGCUCAUUUUUGGUACCAUUGGUGAGAACAAGGUGCCUGUCAUUUGCAUGGUAGGAAGGUUGCACUUCUACGAAGGCUACACUUUCCAGGAAACCACUUUCCCUGUCAGAUUGUGUAAGCUUUUGAAUGUGGAGACUGUCGUCGUCACUAAUGCUGCUGGUGGAGUGAACGAGAAGUUCAAGCCAGGCGAUUUGAUGAUCAUUGAGGACCACAUCAACUUCCCUGGUCUUGCAGGUUUCCAUCCAUUGAAGGGCCCCAACUUGGAGGAGUUUGGCCCACGUUUCCAGCCUUUGUCUGAUGCUUACAGUCACGAAUUGCGUCAUUUGUUCUUCAAGAAGGCUAGCCUGUUAGGUGUUACUCGUGCCAUUCACCAGGGUACGUACUUCUUCGCUGCUGGACCAACAUUCGAGUCUAGAGCGGAGGUUCGUAUGAUCCGUACUUUAGGUGGUGAUGCCGUCGGUAUGUCUACUGUUCCUGAGGUUAUCGUUGCUCGUCAUAGUGGCAUGAACGUUUUGGCUUUGUCUCUUAUUACCAAUGCUGGUUUGGGAGAGAAGCCACCAAGCGCAUUCGAGGAGAAACCAAAGUCUUUGUCUGACGGUAUGGCUUCUCAUGAUGAGGUCUUGGAAAGCGCCAACGAAGCUUCCAAGGAUGUUCAGAAGAUCUUUACUGCUACCAUCAAUGAAUUGUGA